GCAGCCAUGCAGCAGCGCGCCGCGUGGGACGAGGAGGGCGAGCUGCGGGAGCUGAACUGCCGCCUGCGCGACUAUGUGCUCCGCGUGCGGGCCCUGGAGCAGGAGAACCGCUGCUUGGCGCAGGAGCUGGAGGCGCUGCGCGGGCAGGAGCUGCGCGCCGGCCGCCUGCGGCAGCACGAGGAGGAGGUGGCCGAGCUGCGGCUGGCGGUGGCCGAGCUGAGCCGGGCCCGCGGCGAGGCCGAGCUGGAGCGGGACGCGCUGCUCCGCGAGCGGGCGCGUUUGGAGACGCUGGGCGCGCAGCUGCUGGAGCUGCGCCGCCGCCGCCUGGAGCCCGAGGCCGACGAGCUGCGCCGCCAGCUGGAGCGCCUGGCCGCCGACUGCGCCGCGCUGGAGGCGCUGCUGGAGGGCCUGGCCGCCGAGCGGGGGCGCCUGCAGGAGGGAAGGCGGCGGCGCCCCGCCAGGCUGCCCGCCUCGUUGCCGUCGCCGCCGCCGCCGCAGCCUGCCGUGCGGCCGGGGAGCCUGAGCCGCCGCGAGCUGGAGGAGAGCUGCGCGCUGGUGCUGAGCUGGAGCUGCGAGCACAGCCUGGAGCGCUACGAGGCCGAGCUGCGGGCGCUGCAGGAGCUGGAAGAGCGCCUGGGCAAGGAGGACGCCCAGCGGCUGCGCGCCCAGAACCAGCAGAGCCGGCGCCAACUCGAGGAGCUGCAGCGCCGCUGCGCCGAACUGGCCGCGCUGGCUGAGCGCCUGGAGCAGGAGCGGCGGGCGCAGGCAGAGCGCCACGGCGCAGACUUCACCGAAUACCAGAUGGUCAUUGACGCUCUGGAAGAAGAAAAGCAGUUCCUAACCAUGUCUAUUGCGGAGUACUUAAAGGACUACCACGAACUCUUGCAAGUGAAAGCAAGCCUUAGCCUUGAAAUUGCAACUUACAGAGCUUUGUUAGAAGGUGAGAGCAGCCAGUGGAUUCUUAUGUGGGAAGAAGAACAUGGAAGAAAAGUACCCCAAGGUGUCCGAAACAUGCUUCAUGAGUAUAGCAGUCGCUACUCAGCUUAUCGACAAGAGAAAGGAAAGAGAGCUUUCCCAGCCAUCCAGAAUGUUGACACAAGAUAUAAAACGCCGAUCGCAAACAUGAGCAGCUCUGCGGUUUAUUCAUCUCAAACAAAACCCAGCAGAAUCCAGCCAGCUGCUGCUGUGAAAACAUUCAGGAAAGAUGCCGUCUGGUUAGAAUCCCGCCCUUCAGCAGCUAUUACAAAAGAUAAAACUCAUCAGAGAACUCUGACAGACCAAAGGCAGGUCCGAACUUUUACUCCAGCUUCUGUUAUUAGCAGAGAGAGUGGAGUUUGGCGAAGAACAUUGCCUGAAACAAAGAAAGCAGACAGUGUGAUCACAGCAUCUUUCCCCAAAGAAUCAGCAGAAGUAAAAAAAGAUACAACAAUCCCCAAUAGUUUUGAGAAGGUAAGACCCGAAGUAGUGGGGGUGUCUACUUCAUCUUACAGCUUAAAUUCCAUUUCUGCAGAAAAUAAAUAUGAGCGAACCCAAGAAGGAACUGAUGGUCAAUCAAAUAGACAAAUCGAGGAAGUUAAGCCAAUGAAAGAGGAGAAGCCAUUUUGGUUACAAGAAAGAGAUGAAAAGGAAAGACCAGCCAGGGAAGUGACUGAUUCUGUCCAGGCAAAGAUGGAAAAGAAAUCGACUGGUGUUGAAACAAUGGUUAACUUUCAAAAGAAGGUGGAAAUUAAGCCUGGGACGGAGGAGAAAAGGCAUACCAUGAAAGAAUUGAGCAUCAGCGAUAGUAGAAAGGAAGCCAAAGUUGUAAAAGAUGAAACUCCCAAGAAUGGAAAAUAUGUAAAAUGGGAAGAACACGUUAGGGUUGAUACAUCCGGAAAAGAUUUGCCUUCCAGUAUAACAAAGGAUAAAAGUAGUGUGUUCCAACAGGACACAACAGUGACAACACAAAGCAGAGAAGCUGUUGAGAUACCCAUCCUUUCUGAAGAGCAUAAUCAAGGCCGGCUGUUUAAAAACAACAGCACAGAAAUAAAAUUACGAGACCAGAAACCUUUGACAGGUAAACCAAAAGAUGAAGCCACCCUUAAGUUCUCCAGAAAUAUUCCAGAGAGGGAAUCAAACCAAGACAGAGUACAUGAAGAAGAAAUCCCUAAAAUGGAUACCUUACUGACUGAAAGCAUAGCAGAAAAUAUUGUUUCUGACAUUCUUAAAGGUUUUGUGCAGAAAUCUUCUGAUUCAGGACUUCCCACUGAUACCAAAUUCACCUUCUCUGGAAAGAAAUCUGAGGAUGGGAGAGCGAGGACUGAGGUCACCAUACAGUCUACGGUUCAGCAAGACCUGAGCAGUUCGGAUGAGUUUGAUCUGGGCCAUUUCUCAAAGAAAGAUGUUGAAGAGGUGGGAAGUGCUAAAGGAGCUUUAUCUGAAGCUGUAUUAGAAGAUAUUGUAAAUGCUAGCUUGACGGGAAGGGACGGCCAAGGGAAAAGAACUGUUCGAGUUGAGAUAGUUGAGGAGCCACUAGAAUGUGCUGCUGAUGAAAGAACAGAAUUCCCAACACCCUUUGAAGUGGAAGAGGUGGAAGAUACAUUGCCCUGUAUGACAGGACAUCUGUAUUAUGGGGAAGAAGAGAAGGCUACGACGAGCGCUGCUGCGGAUCUUAAGCAACAGCAACCCAGUGUGAUUGUGUCUCAUGUAGAAGAAGUCUCUGAGGGAGAUGAUGUCGUGGAUGAAGAAAAAUAUUUUGUAUCGACUCCAGAAGAACACCCCUGGACUCAUGAGAAAGAUGACGGCUCCGUAUACGGACAGAUCCAUAUUGAAGAGGAAUCCACUAUUAAGUAUUCAUGGCAAGACGAAUUUCUUCAGGGAGCUCAGCAAAGGGCAGAUGAAGGCAUGGGUUCACCAGAACUUAUUUACCAAGUGAUGGGUGAAGAGGAAAGUGCCUUUGUUUCCAAGGAAGAGCCACAAGCUGAGCGGGUAGCCCAUGUCGAAUCCAUUGUUAUUGAGAGAGAGAUUAAAAUACCACAUGAAUUUCAGGCAUCAAUAAAGAGCCUGUUUUCUGAGGAAUCAAAAGACCCUAAACACCAGCUGAAAGAAGCGUUGGAAACACUUGAAGACAGCCUUCCAGAAAGCGUCAAGCAGGAACUCUCAGUGCUAACCGAAGAUGGCCAUGCUGAUUCAAGCAGUUUGGAAGUUGAUAUUAAAAAAGUGGAGCAGACCAAGAAAGGGGGUUUGGUAACUAUAGUUGCAGAAGUCAGUCUGUCUGAGACACUAGACUCAGACCAGUUUAGCACCAGGGAUUUUGGUGGAGGCCUUGCUGUUGAGUCACCAACACAAAUCUCAACUGCAUAUAAUUUUGAUGAACGCAGGAAGGAAGGGUUAGAAAGCUACAGAGAUGGUAGAAGUCAAGCUGGAAUCAUAGAAGUUUCUUCCACGCCAUGGACUACCGAAGCAGUUUCUAGCUUGACUAAAUUAAGCAGCAGCGAUGGCGUGAAAUACCACACUAGCGAACAAGUUGUCAGAGAAGGCCCGGUUUUCAAAAGUUUGGAACUUGGCAACAAAAGCGAUCCCUCUCGCAUGCAAGGGUCAUUCGAUAUCAACAGAUCUGUACGGCAGAUUGUAGUCGGCCCGACAGAAAUUCGCAGAACCGAGCAAGUCCUGCACGAAGGUCCCAUUUCAGAAACUCUGGAGUUUGGUACAGGUGACUUUGAGGUAGGAGCAACAGCAAGCAUCAGCCAAUCCGUGCGAGGAUUCACACGUGGUCCUGAAGAAAUUCAGACGACAGAAGAAAUAAUGUACAGAGGGCCUGUCUAUGGAACAGUGGAAGGGAGUGAUCCUGAAAGCCCUACUCAGGCACAGUUUUUUACUGAUAGCAGGUCCAGUAAGCACAUUAGGUUGGGUUCAAAGCAAAUUGUUGAAGAAAUAACUUUUGAGAAGCCAGCUUCUGACUUGUCACCAGACGGUAACAGUGGGAUGCUUUCUCAAACGAGAGGGACAGCAGAAUCCAGCCGAUCAAUCAGGCAUAUUCAAAUAGAUCCAAAAGAGGCACAUACUCAACAAGUUGUUUAUGAAGGUCCUUUUUCUGGUAACACCAUUUUAGUUGAUGAGCCGGUGAGGCACAUUAAAGUAAGACAGAAAGAAACUCCAGUCACUGAGCAAGCCAUGCAUGAAGAAUCUUCUACAAUGACUGGAUCAAGUCAUGAUCCAGACUGGCUUUUCAAAGAAGGAAGUCUGGAUACUAAUACAACCGUCAGACACAUUAAGGCAGCUCCCAAAGAAUCAGUGGCAAUGGAGCAAAUUGUUUUCAAAGGGCCCAUUUCCGAACAACACUUGGAGUUCAGUGGAUCUGGACAAACAUUCUCUUCUGAAGGGUCUGUCAGUCACGUUACAUCGGGGCGGAAGGAAAUGUGGAGUAGCGAACGUGCUUCAUACCAAGGUUCUGUUUCCGAAUCUUCUGGUAUCAGUUCUGCUGGGGAGGAUGCUUUAGAAACGGAAGGGCCCAGCGAGAUCAGUCGCUCCAUCAGACACAUCAGACUCGGCCCUGCUGAAACUCACACAGAACAGUUCAUAUUCCAAGGCCCUAUUUCUGAUAAAGCGCCAAAGGUUGGUGUAGUGGAGCUUUCUCCAACAGAUGGGCCCCCAGAAAGCCACUCUCUUGGGCACAUAAAGAUAGGACCUAAGGAAACAUCCUUUACUUUUCAGAUGGAUGUCACUAACGUAGCAGGAGGGGGGCAAGGAGCAAAAAUUCUGCUAUUGGAUACGAAAGAUGCCAGUCCAGCAGAGGACACAGCCAAGGGGAGUGAAAGAGACGCUGAAAGUGAACAGAGACCAGAGAAGUCUGCAUUCAACCAAACUGUUCAGCUGCAAAGGAUGGUAGACCACAGAUCUGUGGCUUCUGAUGAGAAGAAAAUUGCUCUUCUGUAUCUGAAUGAAAAUGAAGACGAGGAAGAGGAAGAUGGACCUUGGUUCUGAAAAUAAGAUUUUUAUUAAAUGUUUACUUAGGGUGUUUGAUCAUAUAGCUGAAUUUUUUAAAAAGUGGGAAUCCUUCCUAAUGUAUCAGUUAGUGGUGAAAGGUUUGGAAUGUAUUUUCUUACACAAUGUACUAAUAUAUUUUCACAGGGUCCCUCAAAUGCUUACUUUCCAAGCUAUGGUAUUGAUUGCAUUUGACUAAUGUUGCAAAGUAUGAAAACCUGUCCUUUAAAAAAAAAAGUUGCUCCACUUUCUCAGAUUAUAUUUCAGAACACCUUUUAAAAAUCAAUUGCAUUUCAGGUUCAAAAUAGCAAGCUUAAGGAACCAGGGAUGACGCUACAGGCAUGGUUCAAAAUCCAUUCAUUCUACAGUAAUCCAUUUUUAAGUCCAUUGGGAUAGAUUUGGAAUGAAAGAGUUAUGAGUUCCAGCUCAAGCUGUGCAGAGACAGGCUGAUUGGUUUUCAGAUGGAACAGGGUAUACUCUUAGGAUAGGCUUUAUACCGGAAGUGUAGCCUGCUCUGUUUGUGACUCUCCCGGGCAUCAGGUAGAGGGUUUUUUUUCCCCCAAAAUUACCAUCAACCUGCUCCUUUUAACUGGAGAUCUUGGGAACCAAACCUGGGACUUUCUGCCGCUGAGCCACAGUUCCUUGUUGUUGGACAAAACCUGCUAUAAACUAAAUAUAUAUAGCAGAAAUAAGCUUCAGCUAGUGUUGCUAAAUAACCCAGCAACCCUGGCGGUCUCUCUCGUCAGCAAACAUACCUUUCAGAAAGAAAUGACCAAAUGAAUGAGAGGAGCGCAAAGGCCGGUUAUAAAUUGAGGGGGAAGGAACUUUAUUUUAUCAUGUGUGCACUCGAUUUCUAGCUUCUUCACCAGUAUUGCAGUGAACAUAUUGUAGUAAUAACAAUCCCAGUUUGAUUAGGAUAUAGGGUCACCACCUUUAUACUAGUUAGCAUUGCUGUUUCACCCUUAGCCACAGCCUGACAAAAUAAUUGGGUGUCAGCAGAAAAGCCUGAUGUGCUCAACUCUGUUUCUUUGUACAAGUGGAGUGAGCAUGCAGGGUGGGGGGAGUUUCCAUCUGGUAAAUUUGGAUGUCAGGUUGCUGCUGAAGUCAUGGGGGCAGGGCCAGUAAAAAGGGGGCUUUCCACUUUGAAGUGUAUCUCACCAAGCACUGUUUCUGCACCGCUUCCAUUCAAUACCAUAAGGCUGUGUGGUAUAGCGCCAUUUAGCAGAUCCACCAUGAAUCAUGUGUUAAGAGCAUUUUUUGAAUCUGGCUCCCACAAGGCAAUGCAGUUUCAGUAAGGGGUGUUAGAGCAUUUUUUAAAAAGACAUGCAAUUAAACCUAUGCAGCUGCAGUGGAUGCUAGCCAGCAAAUAACAAGCAAUUAGACAAAGGUGCACUUGAAGUGUGAAUUAUUUUUAUUUGUAUUUCUGAUCACAUUGAGAUGUGCUUACAAAAUGUUAAGCUUGCUUUUAUAAUUUGUGGUAGUGGGGGAAGAAAAAAAGCCAAACACAAGAUUGGAGUAUAAACCAAGGUGAUGCUGGCUGCUGAGCCAGGCCAAGAUUCCAUGUUGUUCAGCCUCUAUUUCCAAGAACCCUCUGAAAUACAUUCAGACCAGCAGGGCCAUUGUUCCUUCUUGGUUUCCAGAGUCCAGCAUUCAGAGCUUUUGAUGUGCCAAGGAAGCAGGCCAUGCAACCAUCAGAAGGUGCCUUAUGCAGCAUCAGGACCAGUGUACCAUAAUGGUUAGAGUGUCAAACUGGACUCUGGAAACCCCCGGUUUGCAUCCCUACUGCCAUGGAAGCUUGCUGGGUGAUCUUGGGCCAGUCACACACACACAGUCUAACCUACCUCAAAGGAUCGUUGUGAUGAUAAAAUGGAGGAGGGGAGAACAUACUCCACUUUGGCUCCCAAUUGGGUAGGGUAUGGAAAAAAAACUAGAGGACAGUGGUUCGUCCGAUCCACUGUUCUCUGCUUUGAUUGGCAGUGGCUUUCCAAGGUCUUAGGUCGUCUUCUCAUCUUGCUGUCUGAGAUCCCUUAAAAAUAGGUGGCAGGAAUUGAACCCAGGAACCCCCAUGCAUGCAGUCUAAGUUCUCUGCUACUGAGCUAUAGUUCCUUCUAGCAAGAGCAUAUAUGGGACACAGGUGGUAAGUUUUUCAUUGGGAUGUUUCAAGCUGGACACGCAGCUGUGGAUUUAAGCUUCUGAUUUUAGGCAGAUUUCACUAUAGAGGAGGGUUUUUUUUACACCUGUAACAAAGUAUAUUUUCAUAUAAUAACCCUAUCAGCAUGAGCGGGUGCUUAUUUUUAUAUAUAUAUAUAUAUCUAGAAACAAUACAACUGACUAUGGUCUAAGAGGCCACACAUAGAUUAAAAAUUCUAUAUUAGUGUAUGUGAUAAUGUGCGCUCAGUUUAACAGUUAUGUUCUCAGCUGCUUGAAGCUAGAAAGAUUAAUACUGUCCUGAGCGAAGAAUAGGAAGAAAUGAAUCAAAUUCUUUUCAUUUAUGGAAGAGGAAUGCUAUAGAGUUUGGGGGGAAAUGUUUUAUUCUAUAUUUAUACUGAGCUUCGCUCAGAAGUUGGAGCACUUUUUUCUCUUUAAUGCUGCAAUCUUAGGCACACGUUGGAAGGAAAUUCCAUUUCAAGCAGAGGGUUUCUUCCAAGUGCACUUAAUACACUUUAUAAUAAUGCAGGCCCCAAUUCGGUUAAGUCAUAAUGGGAAUUGGAGCUAACUUGUUCUAUUUUUUUUAUUUGUACUUGAGUCACAACUAACUAUUAGCUGAGUUGUGGGAUGUGGUCUUGAAAGUCGGUUUUCUGGGAAAUUUAUUAGAGUUCUGUGUGAAAAUAGCAACCCUUUGUAGACUACAGAUUGUUAGAGUAUGUGAUUUCAGAGGCAGCAGAUAGGUUGAAAUGGGGUGGGUUAUUGUCAGGUAAGACUUAACUGGGCAUUUUUGCUCUGGUUGGUUAACAAUGCAGUGUGUGUUUCCUGUAAUGGUUUAUUAUGAAUUUGUGCUUUUUUUCCCUGUCAAGUAUUAAACAUUGACAAUUA